GCUGUAUCACUCCUAUUCACAAACUUACAUUCUUUAUCUUUUGAUUUCUUGGACACUAUACGCUCUUUAUAUCAACGUUUUGGCGACACCCCCCACUUUUCUUGUGAUAUUCAGCUUAUGGACAUGCCAGCAUGGCAGAAAACAACGAGAAGAUAACUGCCGAAACCACAACAUCAAAACAUGAGCCCCGAACUUCUGGUACACGUUACUUGAAACUCAGCCGUUUACCCACCCUACAGGAGGUAUUGGACAGAAGAACUAGACCACCUCUGGAUUUGUUCUGCUUCUAUAUCUUUUUGCAAAGGGAACUUUCUGAGGACGCGUUAGAUUUUUGGCUGGAUGUGCAACAGCAUGAGAAUUUGUGCAAAGCAUAUUUCAAGGACAUCCGUCGCUCAGGCCGUUCAAUACAAGACGAAUGGCCUGAAUUCGCAGAAUACGCACGGGCAAACGGUACACACUUUGCUCCUCUCCUUUCUCUCCCUUCGGAACCUCCUUCGCCCAGCCCAGCUUCCCCCGACCUUGGCUCCUAUAUUGCAUCACCCGUACCCGGUUCCACUGAUUUUGAUUUCUCGCGCUCGCCCGUCCUUGAUACACGGGCGAGGCGGGAUACAGAAUCACAUGGUAGACCUGCGCAACACUCGACUCUGUCCCCCACGCGGAUAAAUAGUCAGGCUCAGCGAGGAGAGAGGCAAAGAGAUCGGCCAAGUACGGCACCAAGCCAGGAGAUGAGUCUGAAGGGUAAAAGGAAAAGCAAAGCGCCUACAGUAAUCGCAAGGGAUAGGGCCAUUGAGAAAAACGCGCUGUUGGAAAGUGCAGAGAGGAUAUUUUACAGAUAUCUGUUCGACGGGGGGGAGAGGGAGAUUUAUCUACCACCAUCCUUAAGAGUUUACAACUUCCCUGAAUCCAUCAGCGGAGAUGUGUCCCCUCUCAUUCCUGACCUUUUCCAUGCUCAAAAAGUCUAUGUCUUCAAGGCCCUUGAACAAGAUGCCUUUCCUCGGUUCCUGCGAGCUAAAGCCUUUGCCAAUCUGACUCCCCUGGGAAGCAUUGUCAGAUUAGUCGCUGGCCUAUUUUGCCUUUGGGGAGCAUUUGUUUUGGCAUUUUCGUUGAUUUUUUUGGAUUUCAAGCCACGCUUGACGCGACUGUGGCUCAUCUUGCCGUUCCUUUUCGGCUUUGUUCUUCUUCUCUCAUCAUAUUACUCUCUCUCACCUCUAUUAUUCGCCUGCAAUGUCUCUGAAACUACCCCUUUCCACUUUAUCCGAGUCCGUGAACCAUAUGUUCGCAAGCUCAUUGCCAUCCGAGCUGGGAUCAUUGUCGGAGCGUCGGUACUUUUGACAGUUAUAUUUGUCGUUAUAUUUACUGUCGUCCCCGGUCACAGACUGUAGACUAGAUUAGGCUGCGGGGUCUUAGAAGAAACUUGUAGGAUGUGCCUAGUGUUGGUUGAUCAUAAAAGGAUAGUUCGACCGAUUUGUUCCUUGUCUAAUAAACAUUUACGAUACUUUUAUGUAUGUAUACGCACGUAGCCUGCUUAAACAUAGUCAUCGUGGAGGUCCGCGUCCGUCGUAUGCUGUACAGGCGAACCGACACUCAUGGCAUGACCCACAAAUAAGGAAUGCAA